AUGGCUGCUACUCCCCAGCCGCUCCCCGUGCCUUCGCUCGAGGCAAAGAUAGUUGUGCUCGGCAGUCAAGGUGUUGGAAAGACGAGUCUUGUCGAGAGAUUUCUGACCAAUGCUCCUUUGCAGAGUGUUCCCUCCACCGUUGGAGCAAGCUUUGUCACCAAGAGGCUCAUUGAUGAGGACGGCACCAUGUUGAAACUUCAAAUCUGGGACACGGCUGGUCAAGAGCGGUUCCGCUCGAUAUCGAGACUCUACUACCGAGGCGCACAAGCAGCGUUGCUUUGCUACGACAUCACUGAUGAACUCAGCUUUGAGGAAAUGAAAUCGUGGCUGCGAGAGAUCAAGGCUCAAGCCGACGACGACCUCAUUGUUCACAUCGUCGGAUGCAAGGCAGAUCUGGUCGAGGACGAUCCGAGUCGGAGGCGAAUUCCUCUAGAACGCGCCGUUGCAUUCGCCGCUGAAGAGUUGGCCGGCGUGACACUAUCUUCGACACCGAACCACAGCAACUCGAAACGCAGCUCCGGUCAAUGGUUGCUGGACGAAGGCUGGAGCAAUUGCCAAGAGGUCAACGCCGUGGAUGGAGAAGGCAUUGAACCCCUAUUCAGGCAUCUCGCCAGAAAGCUCGUUGAACAGAAACGCAAGCGUGAUGUGCAAUUGACACAGGAUUCGCAAACGCCGGCGAUUGGUAGCGAUUCUGGAUCGGUAGAUUACUUCAAUGGGCCACAUGCGACAGGUUCCUUCCGCCUAGGACAUGGCGACAGGGACAAGCGGAGAAGUUGGCUCGGCCUUCCUUCUGGCAUGGAAGGCGCAAUAACGCCGGCAUUUAUGACAACAAAUGCUGAUGAGGCUCGGAAGCGAGGCCGAUGCUGCUAG